CCCUCCUGGAUCUGUCACUGGUCAUCCUCAUCUCCCCCACUGAGAUUUCCAAACUGUAUCCCACUGCCCUCUUCAUCUCCCAUCACUGUGGUGCAAGGGAUCCCAGAGGUUUCCACUACUGUCCUAUCACCAUCAUCGCCACCUUCUAUCCGUCCCUCCUGGACUCAGAGGGCUCCCACUCUGCUCUGAAUUUAUCUACCUGCACCUUUUGACUCCUUGACAGUUUUCUUGGGACGCGGCUCAAGAUGCCAGAGCCCACAAAGAAAGAUGAGACUCCAAACGGGCAGCCAGAAGAAAGUGUUGCCCCAGACAGUAACGGUGCACCACAGCUACCUGAGAUUUCCCUGGAGGUUUCUCCCCCCCCAGAGCCGGUAGCAGAGGGGAAAGAGCCCAUAGAGACUGAUGGGAAGAACCCAGAGCCCCCAGAGCCUGAGCCGUUGCAGGCUGUGGUGGCUCAGGAGCCGAGUCCCGCUGAGAACGGCUCAAACCAGCCACAGCCUGGUGGGGUGAAAGAGCAAGCAGAGUCCGCUGACUCCACUGUAAAGGAAGAGGGCCCUUGCUCUCCCCCACCACCCGAUGAUGAUAAUGCUGCAGCUACUUCCCCAACACCCCAAGAAGAGGAUGCCAAUUCAAUCAAGAAACUCUCAGUUGAGCUGCCUAAUGAUAGCGUCCCUGUGCCAGCCAUGGGGAGAAAAGACUCAGUGUGGUCUCUAGGCGAGGGUCAAGGCCCAGAGGAGCUUGACAAACCCAUCGACAACCCACCGCUGUCCACCCUGCUGAUCGAGAGCCCCCAGAGUGCCACCGUCUUUGUGGGUGGUGAUAUCACCUUUGUUGCAAAGGUGGAGGCCAAAGAUCUUCUCCGCAAACCAACCAUCAAGUGGUUUAAAGGAAAAUGGAUGGAUCUUGCCAGCAAGACAGGAAAGCAUCUACAGCUGAAGGAGACCUUUGACCGGUUAACUAAGGUCCACACAUUUGAGAUGCACAUUAUCAAGGCCAAAGAGAACUAUGCUGGAAACUACAGGUGUGAGGUCACCUACAAGGACAAGUUUGACAGCUGUUCUUUUGACUUGGAAGUUAAAGAAGCCGAACAGAGCUCAGGACAGAGUAUUGACAUUCGAUCAGCUUUCAAAAGAAGCAGUGAAGGACAAGAAGAUGCAGGCGAGCUUGACUUUAGUGGUCUCCUUAAACAUAGGGAGCCCAAACAGCAGGAUGACACUCCAGAAGUGGACGUGUGGGAGAUCCUGAAGAACGCCCGGCCAGACCAGUAUGAGAAGAUUGCAUUUAUGUACGGCAUCACAGAUUUGAGGGGUCUGCUGAAGAGAAUGAAAAAGAUUCCCAAAGAGGAGAAGAAGAGUGAAGCUUUUGCAAAGAAGCUGGAUCCGGCAUAUCAGGUGGAUAAAGGUGGAAAGAUCCGCUUAGUGGUGGAUCUGGCCGACCCCACAGUGGAGCUGAAGUGGUACAAGAACGGGCAGGAAAUCAGGCCUUCUCCCAAGUAUAUUUUUGAGCACAAAGGCACACAAAGGAUUAUGGUCAUCAACAACUGCACCACGAAUGAUGACGCAGCCUAUUCAGUGGCUGCAGGGGACGAGAAAUGCACCACAGAGCUGUUCGUCAAAGAGUUACCUGUUAAGGUAGUCAAAGGUAUUGAGCCUGUGAAGACCACAGUGAAUGAGAGGAUUGAGCUGGAAUGUGAGGUGUCAGAGGAAGGCGCUCAAGUCAAGUGGAUGAAAAACGGUGUUGAGGUUCCAACAGGAGUGCGCUCGAGAUAUCGAGUUAAGUGUGAAGGAACCAAACACUUCUUGGUGAUCGAUGACGCCUCCAGAGAGGAUACUGGGACUUAUUCCAUCAUGGCCACUGGUGGAACAUCUGAGGCACAUGUUCAAGUUGACUUGAAACCCCUGAAGAUCUACCAGGACCUGCAGGACAUGACAGUGAAGCUGGGUCAGCCUAUCAAGCUGCACUGUGAGAUCUACCCAGGCAACGUCCCAGGCCGUUGGUACAGAAACGGACAGCUGAUCCAGCCCAAUGAUCGCAUCAACAUCAUACACAGGAACAAAGUCCACCGACUUGAAAUUGAGACCAGCUCCCUCCAUGAUGCAGGAGAUUACACAUUCGUACCUGAGGGAUAUUCACAGAGCCUGUCUGCCAAAAUCCACAUCAUUGACCCUCCAAGGGUACACCUGGAGAGCUUGAACUUCCCAGACAACACUGUCACAAUUGUAGCAGGAAACAAGCUUCGUUUGGAGAUCCCCAUUAGUGGAGAACCAGCGCCCAGAGUGGUGUGGAUGAAAGGAGAAAGGGUGAUUCUUGAGUCAGGUCAUCGUGUCCGAGCUGAAACAUACGGCGACCAGACAAGCCUGACGAUUGAGGUCACAGAGCGGGAGGACUCUGGGAACUAUAAGAUAGUCUUGCAGAAUGAGGCUGGUGAGGCUACGGCCAGCGUCAGGAUCAAGGUUGUUGACAUCCCUGACCCUCCUGAAGCUCCCCUGGUCCCAGUGGUGGGUGGCGAUUGGUGUUCCAUGACAUGGGAACCACCCAAAUACGAUGGCGGUUCUCCAAUUUUAGGCUAUUUCAUCGAGAGGAAAAAGAAACAGAGCUCCAGAUGGAUGAGACUGAACUUUGACCUGAUCAAAGAAUUGUCAUUUGAACCCAAGAAGAUGAUUGAAGGAGUGCCUUAUGAAGUGCGGAUCUUUGCAGUCAAUGCCAUCGGUGUGUCUAAGCCCAGUGAACCAUCGAAAGCCUUUACUCCUCUUGCUGUGACCAGUGAGCCCACUAUGCUGGUUGUGGACGACGUCACUGACACCACAGUGACUGUGAAAUGGCGCCCUCCUGAAACCAUCGGAGCUGCUGGUCUGGAUGGAUACUUAGUGGAGUACUGCAUAGAAGGAGCUGAUGACUGGGUAGUAUCCAACAAGGAACUGACAGAGAAAACCAAAUACACCAUCACUGGACUGACCCCGGGAUGUAAGAUUUUAGUCCGAGUCAAAGCCAUCAAUGCAGCUGGAGCCAGCGCUCCACGGACCCUGCAGCACUCAGUCCUGGUCAAAGAGGUUAUUGAACCACCCAAGAUCCGAGUCCCACGACACCUGAAGCAGACAUACACUCGCAAAGUUGGAGAAGCAGUCAACCUUGUGGUGCCGUUCCUGGGCAAACCCCGGCCGAAAGUCACCUGGCUGAAGGAGGGAAAGCCCAUAGAGCCUACCCACGUUAGCAUCCGUAACACAGACUGUGAUAGCAUCAUCUUCAUCCGUAAGGCAGAGCGCAGUCACUCUGGGAAGUAUGAGAUGACAGUGCAGGUUGAAAACCAUGUGGACACAGCAAUUCUUGACAUACAAAUCGUAGAUCUUCCUGGACCUCCUGUGAGUGUUACUAUUGAAGAUGUCUGGGGAGGAAAUGUAGCUCUGGUCUGGACCCCUCCCAAAGACAAUGGCAACGCUCCAAUAACAGGCUACACCAUUCAGAAAGCAGACAAGAAGACAAUGGAAUGGUACACAUGCAUUGAACACUACCAUCGCACCUGCAUCACCAUCACAGAACUGGUGGUUGGGAACGAGUACUUCUUCAGGAUCUUCUCUGAGAAUAUGUGUGGUCUGAGUGAAACUGCCACCCAAACCAAAAAGAGCGCUCUCAUCGUCAAAGAAGGGAAUUUCCCACAUGAUACCGCUCAGCGACAGUAUCAUGCACAACCCCAUUCCUUUACCCUUACCCCCACAGGGAUGCAGGUGAAAACGCCAGAGUACAGCGACCACGACUUCAAGGAGGCGCCGAAGUUCACGCAGCCGCUAAUCAACACAUUUGCGAUUGCCGGCUACAACGCUACUCUUAACUGUAGUGUUCGUGCCAACCCAAGGCCCAAAGUGAUCUGGAUGAAGAAUAAGAUAGCCAUCAUCGACGACCCGCGCUACCGUAUGUUUAGCAACCAAGGAGUGUGUACCCUGGAGAUCAGGAAACCCAGUCCGUACGACGGUGGCAUGUACACCUGCAAGGCCAUCAACGACCUGGGAGAGGCCCAGGUGGACUGCAAGCUGGAGGUCAAAGUCCAAAUUCAAGAAUUGUGAAUGUAUGUUCUCAUAUAAGGAGGCUUCACCUUCUUCGAACUCAUGCAACGCGGAGUUCCCCUACAUCUGAUUGACAAGUACAUGAACGAAGCAAAGAUUGUUGAGCAGGAGAAGUAAAACUGAACACAGUGCAAUAAGACACUUUGGCUUUGCGGACAUUUGCCGCCACUAGUGACCCUUUUCUCUCACCUACUGAGGUCAGCGACCUAAAGGCAGAUGGAGGCUGGACAGGUGGAGGGGUGUGAGGGAGAGUGUGCUGGUCUGUGGUGUGGCAUGCUGUGUGCAGAUUUAAUGGUAGUUACCAUAGAAAAAAAGCCGGUUCAUCUUCUUUGUCGCCCUGUUGUGUUUGAAAGACUGUCAGCUCACAUGCAUGUCGGCAGUGCUUUGGUUCUCGCUUUAAUAAGGACAUUUAGUGUGUAAAAUAAAAUAUGCAAAACACAUGUAGCACCAAACAGUGAUGCACAUCUACAGUAUUGCCAUGUGGAUUUUUGUUGGGAGUGCUUGUUGAAGGUGAAAAUUUGCUUCUGGGGUCUGAAAGAAGGGAAAUGAGAAUGUAUAAACCAAGGUUUACUGUUUGUAUGGUGUCAGUGGACUUCUUUAUGGCAAGAAAAAUGACAAUCAACUUUUUGGAUAAAUGAAUGCAUUGACCCUUCUGAUGAGAAUCACAUUAAUAUUUGUUAAUUUCACUUUUUCCUGUGCAGUUUAUUUUAGUGAAAAAAACGUAGAAGUUUACACAAAGUCCAUAUUCUGCAUGAGAUAUUAUAUUUUUGGAUUCAUAUUGGACUGAAGUUUGAUUGAGGCUCAGUCAUGUGCGCAUGCCUUUACUUUUGUAAUUACGGUCUCUGCAUUACAAUAAAACAUACAUUUAAAAAAAA